AUGGUCAAAAGUUAUUAUAUUUUUCACCAGUCAGACCAUUCCUCCAACGACAAGAUGAAGUUAUCCAUUUGCGUUCUUAUUGCCAUUUUCGGCUGUGCCUAUGGCCAUGGAAAGGGUGGUGGUGGUGGUGGUGCCGUCAUUGUAGGAGGUGGAAGUGGCGGUGGAGGCUAUGGUGGAUACGGGGAUGGAGGUUAUGGUGGAUACGGUAGUGGAGGUGGCGGUGGAGGUGGAUAUGGAUAUGGAGGCUACGGAGGUGGAAAUGGUGGUGGUGUCAUUCUUGUAGGAGGUGGAAGUGGCGGCGGAGGCGGAUAUGGAGGUUAUGGAGGUGGAAAAGGAUACGGUGGAGGAAGCGGAUCUGGUGUAGUCGUUAGUGGAGGAUAUGGUGGAUACGGCGGUGGAAACGACGGAGGAUAUGGUGGAUACGGUGGUGGAAACGGCGGAGGAUACGGUUAUGGAAACGGCGGAGGAUACGGUUAUGGAAACGGCGGAGGAUAUGUAAGCUAUGGCGGAGGAUACGGCGGUGGAAAAGGAUACGGUGGUGGAUAUGGUGGAGGUAACGGUGGAUAUGGUGGAGGAAGCGGAUACGGUGUACAACUCGUCAGUUUAGGUAACCUCGGAGGAGGAGGUGGAUAUGGUGGAUACGGGGGUGGAAAUGGAGGAUAUGUAAGCUAUGGUGGAGGAAAUGGAGGAGGAUAUGGUGGUGGAAACGGAUAUGGAUACGGAGGAUAUGGUGGUGGAAACGGAGGAGGAUACGGAUAUGGUGGUGGAAACGGAGGAGGAUACGGAUACGGUGGUGGAAACGGAGGAGGAUACGGAUAUGGAGGUUACGGCAAAAAAUCCUAUUAAAGUAUGGACCGUUAUAAAAGACAAUUUUAUCAUUUGUACAUACUAAGUAGUUACUAAAUAAAUAUUUUUUUGCAUUGAAA